UCCGCUCUCUUGUUUCAGCCGGUCUGUCUGCCCUCUAACGUAGUACUCUCCUUUCACUCACCACUAUUCAUCACCAUCCAGGAUAUAUUUACACAAACCCACGCAGGUAGAUAUCAUACUGUCCCAGUGGACUGAAGAGUUUGCCUGAUAGAUACAAAUAUAUGUAUAUCACUUUGGAAAGAGCCAGACAGUGGGAAUCUGUAGUGGUGCUUUUGAAGCUUAAGUUUUCUCCCCAAUACGUUUUUUUUUUGUCCCAAAGGAUACCACACGCAGCUGCAGAGGCUGCCAGAUCCAACCGUGGCAUAGUCGAUGACUGAGAACUCCUAUUCCCAUGAUGGACAAGAAAAGUGCCAACGGCUUUCAGACCAAGGCCAGUGAGGGUGGUGUUCAGAGGAAGCAGCUGCCCUACUCAGUGGAAACUCCCUAUGGCUUUCACCUAGACCUGGACUUCCUCAAGUAUGUUGACGACAUUGAAAAAGGCAACACCAUCAAAAGGGUCCACAUUCAGCGAAGGGUCAAGGGCCCAGCCAAAUUCAGUACUCUGCCCAGAAAUUUCAGCCUUCCUGGGCAUGGAGCCAGGCCAACCCCCAGAGAAAAGGAUAGCACAUGGUCUGGGACGUCCACCCUUGGGCCCAAACCUAAAUCACGGGUGACAGAGGUCCAACAGAUCUAUGACUUUAGAGCAAGUGAAGGGGGGAAAUCCAGUCAGAGCAGCAGGGGGACAAGCAGUCAGGGAGCUGUCUAUGUUUCAGAAAAGCCCAAAGAUGAAUCAGGAGCUGGGGCCCUGGCUGUUGAAGAGAAAACUGUCGGGUUUCAAAGUCGUCCUAAUCUGCUCAGAGCCUCAAGCAUGCCUAUCACUCUACAGCAGCGGAAAGGCUCGGAUUCAAGCAGUCCAGACCGUAAUGUGGGAACACCGGAAAGUGGCUCGACAGAAAACAUGUUUCGAGCUUCACCGGACAUAACAGACAGGCGGUCUCUUCCUCAGGAUCGGGGAGGGCUUCACCAGCAGAUCACAGUGGCACUGAAGCGGGUCAGAGAGCUGGAAGAGCAGGUCAAAACAAUCCCUGAACUAAAGGCCCAGAUCAGUUCACUGAGAAAGGAGAGGGAGGAUCUUAUGAUUCAGAUCCAAGCCCAGAUCCAAGCCCAGGCCCAAGCCGAAGCCCAGGUUUCCACAUCGUCCUCUAUCAUAGCAUCACAUUCAGAUUCUGGGACACACUUUCAGGCACAGGGACAAAGACCUACAGAAGGGCUCAACUUAGCUCUGACGACUCAACCCACUGGAGGUUUAGAUGCUUCAGAGCGUUUGUCAACAAAGUUGGUAACUGGGAAAGGGAAACAUGGGGCUACAGAGACACAUACAGUCUUACUAAAGGAGGGAGCAUUACAUCAGGAAUCUUUGAAGAGUUCCUCAGCACAUGUAGAAAUCAGUGGGUUGUUAGAGCAACAAUCACAGAUACAAACACAACAGACAUUCGAGAGUCCGAUUAAGCACGCAGUGCAAAAGCUAUCGCGGGAUAUUGCAGGACCAGAAUUAACAUCACUUAGAUUGGCUAUAAAAGAUGCAGAGACUAGCAGUAUUGGCGAUGGGGAUGAAGCAAAAGGUGGACAACAGGAGGACGCAAACAGUAUGCCGAAUCUGCAGGAGAAGCUAAUGAUACUCGAGGCUAAACUUACUCAGGCUAGCCAAGACCUGGAGAGAACUAAUACUCUUUUGAAAGAACAAAUAGAUGAGAACAAGGUAAAAGAGGAGAAAAUACUACAACUGAGUGAUGGAGUGAGAGUGGAGUUGUACAGUCCAGAAGCCUACAGCAUGCCAAGACGAGAAAGUAUUGACACAGGGACAGAGACAGAAAAGUUAGAUGUUGCCAACCAAGAGACAGAGACAGAAUUACCUGGUACGGUAGAUAAGGGGACAGAUACAGAUAGAAUUCGUAUUGAAAUUAGUGUACCCCAACCAAUGGCUGUAAGUAUAGAUCAAGGAACAGAGAGUAUUCAAGUUGACACACCUGAACAGGUAACACAGAUGGUGGAAGAAGCGCCUGCUGUGAGCCCACCCAGACCCAGAGCCAACAGCAUCGAACGGGGCACAGUAACUGAAAGGAUUGCUACUCAAGAUCAGAUGACUGAGACGCCUACAGCGGAAAGGGUAAACCAAGUCACAGAAACCGAGGAAGAGAUAGAAACAGACCAUCCACAGAGACCAAGGGCCAGCAGCGUAGAGAGGGGUACAGUGACAGAGAGAGUGGACACUGUCGACAGGGUGACCGAGACAGUGGAGGCACAAAGGACAGACCAGCAGACUGAGACAGAGAUAGGAAGACGACAGGAUAACAAUCCAUCCAGAGGUGCAGAAGCAGAAAGUCAAGUGAGAGAAUGUGCAGGUAGUGAAAGAGUAGAACAUGCAGACACUGUGGUCAUUGAAAGAGUGGAAGACAAGGAAGCAAAUGAAAGAAGAGACAGUGGAGACAGUGAAAGUGUGGUAAUGAAAGUUGUCACUGAGAUUUCAAUUACAGCUAAAGAAAGCACAGCUGAACAAAUUCUAGUUCUGAAUAUUGUUAGUGAGGAUGAAGGAAGUAGCAAUCCACCUGUUGCAGAAAUAGAAAAUACAGAAUCCAAGAUUGAAAUGAUUAUGGCACAGAAUGACUCAGAAAUAAAGGAAAUGGAGCCCCUAAAUAAUGAAGUAACAGAAAUAAUUGAAACACAACAGGUUGCACCGGAGAUUGUAGAGGAGAAACAAAUAAAAGAAUAUGUGAUUGUGAGCGCAACAAUCAAAGAAACUGUGGUCCCUGACACGGUUGUAGUAGCAGCAGCAGAGAAUGAAGCUGUAAAGGCAGUAGUUCCUGUCCGACCCCAGAGAGGCCGAAGGCCCUCAGCGGAGCAAGCACAGCCAUCACCUCCAUCACCUCCUCAACCUCAGGCUGCACCUGUCCGUCCCAGUAGAGGGUCCAGUGAAACUCUAGCCCAGGAGUCCCAGACAAAAGAUCCGCCCCAGGUGCAGGUACAGGUGCAGGUACAGGUACAGGUACAGGGUACACCUCAUAUAGAGGCCCAAACCCCAAUACAGCAAUCUGAACAACAGGUAAAACAACAAGCCUCAUCUCUAUCUCAGGUUGAGGACCAGAGCCCAGCAGAGAAGCCUCCUGGGGAGUCUAGUGAGAAGCAAUCUGAAUCACAACCUCAGAUUGAGACUCAGGGCCCGUCUCCAGGCUCCACUGACGUACAAACCCAUCCUAAAUCCAUUAAAGCACAGCCUAAAACCUCUGCAGCUCGACGGGACACAAAAGAGCCAAAAGCACCACGUGGAUCAGGAGAAGCGCAUACCCGUCCAACCCGCCAGGCGUCAUCUACCGCCAAACCUCAGUCUCAGGGCUCUCGUAGAAGUUCCAGUGAGACUCAGCCCCCUCACAAAGAUGUCAGCGAGACACAAUCACUACGUAGAGGCUCCAGCGAGACAGCUCAGCGUCGUAACUCAAGUGAAGCCCAGGCCUUACGUCGGGAUGCUGGGGAGGCAGAGCCCUCUCGCAGAGGCUCCGGUGAGUCACCAACAUCGCCUGCCGCUUUGGGCCAUGUUGUAACCCGAUUAACAGGGCUUCUGGGCGAGCAGUGGGCACAACUGGGGAGCAGCACUGGAACUCAACAGACGGCCAGCCAGCAGGAAAGCCCCAGCACACAGAAACAGACACCAGGGAAAAAAACAGAGGCAGCGAAGGGAGCAAAAACCAAGCCUGCGGGGAAGGCAGUCCCUGCAGCAACAACAGCGAAACCAGGAGGAAAGCCUGGUCCUUCCAAAAUGAGCUCCAUUCAAAGUCAACUGGUUAGCUCCCUCAGUGUCCUCUCUGCCUUCUACUCACCAGGCCAGAAAGCUGCUGCAGCCAGCAAACAGCAGGAACAAGGUCUAAAAUCUAUUAUGAAGAAAAAUGGUGUUGCUGACAAGCAGGGGAACAAGGGAGCGAAGAAAAACCUGAAGUUUGUUGGGGUGAAUGGAGGAUAUGAGUCAACAUCCAGCGAAGAGUCAAGUGGAGAUGAGAAGUCGAAGGUGGAAGUGGAGGAGCAAGACAGCUCAGAACCAGAGGUAGAGAAGGAAAAGGAGACGGAGCCUCAGCCAGAAGAGAAGCCUGAAGAGGGAGCAGAGACCCAGCAGCAGGAAGCAGAGGUGGCCCCUGAGGGAGGGGGUGCAGUGGCUGCAGAGAAGGAGGCUGAAAAAGGCCUGCUGGAUCCAGAGGGCAGUGAGGAGCUCCUGGGAGAACAGGAAGAAGGAGAGAAAGUAGAGCAAAGCUUCAUAGAUGCCUGCCUCUAUGUAAAAGACCGCAUGGAAGAGGUUUCAUCCCCAGAUAAAGAAAUGCGUCAGGUUUUAGUGGUGCUCUACCAGGAGUGGUUCAAGAUUUCCAGUCAGAAAGAUUCGCAAGCCGAUACUGUCAGAUUAUACCUGCGACAAGUGGGCAUGACCACACCAACUCUCCUGCCAUAUGUAGUUAACUUGACUGAUGGCAAUGGGAAUAUGGCCCUCCACUACAGUGUGUCACACUCAAACUUCCCUGUGGUCAAACUGCUGCUGGACACUGGUCUAUGUGAGACAAACAAUGUGAACAAGGCAGGCUAUACUCCAGUGAUGCUGGCUGCACUGACGGCUGCUGAGAGCCCUGAUGACCUGGAGGUGGCACAACAACUGUUGAGACAGGGUGACGUCAAUGCAUGCUCUAGACAGGCGGGCCAGACGGCCCUAAUGCUUGCGGUGAGCCACGGCCGCGUUGCCAUGGUGAAGCUGCUCCUGAGCUGCGGUACGGAUGUAAAUGCCCAGGAUCGCGAGGGCUCCACGGCCCUGAUGUGUGCCAGCGAACACGGACACACAAACAUCGUUCGUAUGCUGCUGGAGACGGGUCGCUGUGACAUCAGCCUCAUUGAUAAGAAUCGACAGUCAGCACUGUCUGUGGCAGAAGCAGCCUCCCACCAAGAGAUAGUUGAUCUGCUGAAGACCCACGCUGAGACCCGGGCCUCUGAGCCCUCGACUAACGCAGACCUCCUCUGAGCCAACACUGUUUACGUCUCCAAACCACCAAGGCCUCCCGACCCCCAAACCUUCAAUUUACAAAACCCACCAACCAAGACAGAAAAGGUUGGAUUGAAGUUGGUAACACCUUACAAUACAGUUUACUGUGGAACUACAUUUAAACCUCUGAGACUGGAGUGUCCAACAAUGGGCAGACAUAUUUUUCUUCCACAUCUCUGCCAACAUGCCCCGUGGGUCUUUAUGGAUAUGCUGCAUUAACCACUCAGUGGAUGGACAACAAACGCGGCCCGGUUGAAUAGAUGUUAAGCCGCUGCCAUGGUGACAAGUGUGAUUGACAAGUAGAGACGGCAAGAAGAUAAAGUGGGAGCAGGGAUGGACGGACUGGCAAGAGAUAUUCUGAAAAACUUGCUGCUUCUUAUCAUCAACUAGCUCAUCAAGCUAAAUGCUAUAAGCACAUGAUCUACCUUUCAAAUAUAUUAUAUAUGACAUUAUUUCUAUUUUUUUCCUUCGUGACAUUGACAUCAUUCUUUCCAUAAUUGGACAUAAGCCAUUAUGAGAACAUAGUAUACGUAUAAUGUUAUUCUAAACAGAUUAUAAAUCAUAAACAAACACAGAAACUGUAUUUUCUACUGCACUUUUUUAUUGUUAUUAUUAUUGUGUACAGUUAAUAGUCCUCAAUAUUAUUAGUAUCGGUGUCCACAAGAAAGUAUAUAUCUCCAAAAGUGUAUCUGUAUAAUAGUAUAGAACUCAUGGUGAAAUUUCCUAUCAUUCAGUGGAUAUUUAACAAUAUUUAAUGUAUUGUUUUUGCCAUAGUAUUGAUGUUUUUCACAUACGGGACAUGGGUGUUCGUCAUGUGUGAAUUUUUUUAAUACAAAUGGUUUAGAUGGAGAUGGAAUGACACAAAAUAAAUGAUUUUUUUAUAACCACAAUAUAACCAGAUUUAAGAAAGACAAAAGUCUUCUAAUGCGAAGAUUGUUCUGUUCGGAAGGUGCUGCAUGCCAAUACACAGUUACUCCCCCUACUGGCUGUCUUAAAGUACUAAACAACAGUAUGUUGUAAUACUGUCUGUUCCCAUGACCGACAUCUCUCUCUUUCUGCGUCCCUCAGUACAAAUAUAAUAUGUCUUGUUCGCCUGCUCGUUUAAAAUCAAAUCUUGUAUGCAACUGCUACAAAAUGCACAAUGAAUGUCAGGCUGGCUGUGAUACAUUCCAAGAAAACAAUGUAGCAAGUCUAACUAUACCGGCAUGGACCAUGGGACUAACAGAGAAACCGACUGUCAGUUCAGACAUAGGAAUGAGUCUGAAUAUCUUUUACCAUGCGCGACUACAGACACUUAAUCUCUUAAAGUAAGUACAAAAGAUCUGCCUGUCUUCAAGUUACUCACACUGGUUCAUUUUGUUCCUGCCUCAUAUUUGAAUGGGUUGUUAAAGGCUUGCAGUCCUAAAAGAAGCAAUAUGUAUGAAAUACUAUUUUUUAAAUUAAAAGAGGGGAGUGACUUCGGUCUAGCCUUAAUCAGAAGACCAUCCUACAUUUUAGAGAUAAGAUGUGUUCCAGGGAGUGUUUUCUUUUGUUUCUGUUCUCCACCAACCUACACCCAUAUUUCUAAAGUAUCUUAAUAUACAGUCGUACUGGUCUGAGAAAAUGUUUACAACCUAAGAGUUCCCCUUCAGUGACCCCUACAGGAAACCCCCAAAUGUUCAGCAGUUCUGGAGAUUACCAUACCAUAUCAUUGUGUUUUGAACACAAGCACUUUCGUAAAGUGAGGGAACUCCAAAAGACACUGGAUAAUGCACCAAUUACCAUAAUGCUACAAGUGGUAUUAUGUUUGACCCUCCCUGUCUGCCUGAAUCUUUCAUACUCCAUACCCCAAGUUUGUAACACCCUAAUGCCAUUGUCUGGGUUACUUAAUCUGAUUUUACAAACCCACCAGAAAACGGUUGUUUCUGUUUGCCUGGGGAUUGCUGGGGUUACUUAAGGUGGAAUUUAAAAGGGAAAUACCACUCAUUAUAACAACUGCCAAAUGGUCAAUAACAGUCCAGUCUGCAUUUACAGUACAGUCAGAAAAUAAAUCAUAUUCCACAGAAGCAAGAUUGUGGUCCAAGACUUGGAUCACAUUAAAAAGACUCUUCAGUAUCUGUGUCUGACAACUCAAACAGCUUGGCUCUUAAUACUUUUAGAAAGAUGGAUUCCAAAUACAUUGCUUUGCUUCAGUCAUAAUACAUUUAUAUUACCAUGAAUACAGUAUGUAGGGCGGAUUUAACAACUUUCUUUCUGAGCUGCGGUGUGAUCAGACCACUGAAACGUUAUUAAUAUGGGUGCUAAUAUGGGAGUAGGUAUAAUAAUACAUUGACAUGAAGAUAUAUUUAUUUCAUGAAGAACAUUGAUUACAUAGAAGUAAAUGGCCACAAUUGAGAAUGUUGGGGCUUAGCGAUCAGAUCAUUGUUGAGUCACAAAGUAGCACAGAUUUGCUCAACAAUGAUGCUGCAUUUACACAGGAUCAGAGAACAUUUAUUUUAAAUUAAUUCAGCACAUUAAGGGAAAGAAAUUAGAGUCUGUGUAGCUUCCCUUAUGUCACAGAGCUAAAGGAUGAUCCGAUCUGUGCUGUGGGAAAUAUCUGUUACAUCUGGUCUUCCGUGCCUGUGUAUUAAGUCUUUAAACAAAUCAUGUCGUCCAUAUGUUUAAUCCAGUGUGACCCAGAUGUUAUUUGGUUUCAUAGUUGGCCAAACACCAAAGAAGUGAAAUCAAAUCUGUUCCACAUGGGGUUAAAUAUAUAGUUUCUGUUCCUGUAACUGUACCCAAAUACAUGUACAUACAGUAUCGUGAAAAAUAUAUAACAAGUAUUGUCUGACAGUUUGCUCUAAAAAUUAUAUAAGUAUUUAUUCCAAAUGCUAUAUUUUUUACCGUAUAUAGUAUACUUAUGUAUGCAUGGACAAAUAUUCCAGUGAUACUGUUGGAGGGGAAUUUGAAUGAUUGAAAAUGAUGCUGGGUGUUCCCUCAUGAUGUGAUUAUACAGCUUAUCUUUGACUGGUUGGGUGGUAUUGUACAUGUGCGGUGUUGACAAGGUUGUGGACUGUGUCAUGUGCCCUUUAUUGCUACAUUUAAAAUUUGUGGGGAAAUUAUAAAACAGAUUAACACUGGCUAAAAGUUAAAAGGGCAAAGUCUCCCUUGUUUGGGUAAGUCUAUGUACAUGACAGGGUCAAGAUUUAAAAACCUGUACCUCUCUGUAAAGUUCCUUGUACAACGGGCUUAUAUGUUGCGAACCAGAGAACUACUCUGGAAUAAAUAUGAAGAUUAAAAACUU